GAAUAACACCUGGUGAAUAAAAGGCAGAAACUGCUUCACCGAGUAACAUGGCUUCAUGGCGAAUUUCUGCGCGCUGCAACAAAGAUAAACUUACAUGAACAUCAUUUUUACAGUAAAAGCAUUGUUAAACUCAAAAGCCACCACCUGUAGGCUAUUUCCUUUUCUGUGGUCCAUGGAGCAACUUACUAACAGAGAUGACACCGAGGAGAGAGACCCCACGUCAGAGAGGAUGCCUGUGAACGUAGGAGAGUCCAGCUACGGCAGCAUGGCAGCGGCCGCAAGCCCCCUUCUGUCCGGCAGCAGAGGGUUGGAGACGGCGCCGCUGCUGAUGCCGGAGCCCGAGGCCGGACCGGUCCAGAGGUGGCAGCCCAUGACCAAGGAGGAGCUGGAGGUGGCAGCCGGGGGUCCGGGCUGGAGGAAGGCCCGCUCCCGCCUGGUGUUCCUCUUUUGGCUGGCCUGGCUGGCCAUGCUCGGCACCGCCAUAGCCAUCAUUGUGAAGAGCCCGCGGCCGAUCGCCACGCCGCUCAAGUGGUGGCAGAAGUCUCUGUUCUACCAGCUGCAGCCCAACCUGUUCGUGGACCCCCAGCCCGAGGGGCCAGGGGCCGUCACAGUGGUGUGUGAGCAUCUUUCAUACCUGAAGUCCUUGGGAAUAGGGGCCCUAAUCCUGGAGGGAGUUUUUGAUAAGGAGGCCUCACCUUCAAACCUCACUGUAAUAAAUGAAAGCCUGGGCUCAGUGCCUCAGAUCCAGCGUCUGCUUAAGGAGAGCAACAAAGAAGGCCUCAAAGUGGUGCUAGACUUAUGUGAGCUGGAUCUGUUUGGACCUCAGGACCCGGCAGGAAAUGACACGGCAGGGCCCUCAGAGCUCUCCGCCACAGUGCAGUAUGCACUGCGGUUCUGGUUGGAGCAGGGUGUGGCGGGGUUUGCAAUCUGUGACACAGAUGCUGCUUAUUCAGAAAAGACACUAUUGGAGUGGAGAGUUGUGUUCAAGGAGUUCAGCACUCAGGAAGAGGAAAGGAUUGUCGUGGUGAAACAGACAAGAGACUUUCUUCCUGCUAUCGACACCUCUGGUUCAGUCAGUGUUGAGUUGGUUGAGAUUGUCAUGAGGUCAAUUCUGCCGCCUACGCAUCAUCUCCUGUCUACCCAGGAAGUGGCUUCUGCCAUCGAGAUGCACCUUCAGACAAUGAAAGCAGCGGAUAUGUGGCCCAGUUGGACGGUUGGAGGAAAACCAUCCCAUGACCUGAAGAAAUUACUGCUGGUGCUGAUGAUGACGCUACCAGGAUCACCUGCCAUCCAGUUUGGAGAAGAAAUCAGUCAUACACAGAAUAUGUCUUUGAAUAAGGGCUGGUCACAUGAAGAGGUGCAGAAUGAUGAAACAUCAAGUUCUCAUGUGGACGAGGAGAGGAUAAGGCACAUAGCUUUAGCUCUCUUUACGUCCCUCAGUCACUCUAGAGCCAGAGAGGAGGCCCUUCUCUACGGGAGCUUCACUUUUCUCUCCUUCAACACCACCUCCCUCUUGUCCUCCAAUGCAACUCUUGCCUCUCCUUCAUCUCCCCCCAUCCUGGCCUUCCUGCGCUCCUGGGGUUGUGUCCACUUCCUAGUUCUCCUCAACACAGGGCAUGAGCCUCAUGCCCUGGACCCAGCCUGGGCACCCAGUCUGCCCAGUGCAGGAGUGUUUGUGACCAGCACAGGAAUGGACCGUUUGGGAGCUACCUCUCUGGACACGCUGACGCUGCGGCCACAUGAAGCCAUCGUCAUCAAACUGUUUGAGGCAGGAAGUUACUCCUAGAACUUCUGCUUUGGGAUGUCGGUUGUCUUCUGACGAUACAGACGACCAGAACCGACAGCACUCUUCUGUCAGUAUGGAAACUAUAAAGCAUUGACCACACCAAGUUCUUGUUUCUAUAAGGACACUGAUCAAAAUGUGCUUGAAGGUCCUAGAAAAUAAAAUAAUGGUACUACUUUAAUAGUUACAUCAGUUUUUCUCAUGUUAAGCCAUGGUGAGCAGCAGGAGGUGCUGAUGUGUCAGAGUGCCAGACAGUUAUACCCCAAAUCCAAGCAGUUAUGAAUGUACCAACUCACUACUCGUAUUUUUUUAAUGAACAAAGGCAGACAUAGAGCAGCAUUAUUUUUUGCAGCAUGGCAAAAGGUUAUCAAAUUUUCAUAGGAAAUCACAUCAUGGCUCACAUUUUAAAGCAACACAUCCACCGUAACCCUAACUAUGUGGCUUGCUUUGUGAGCAAGCCAUGAUUUACAGCUGUAGUGGUGUUGCAAGCAUGAGUCACAUACAUGGUGAUGUGUUGCUGGUAAAUCUGACCACAUUGCAAAACUUAUCCGGAUUGGUCUCAUUAAAUGCACUUGUAAUGCACUCUUGACUCCUUGUAACCGUUAAGUUGAUCUUGGCUACAACAAUUCAGGAUUGUUUGACCACAGUUUGAACGUUAAGGUGGUAAAUGAAGGUCUGUGCAAUUGCACUGAUACAGUGUACACUGCAUCCCUUUGUCAUCACUUUAUGCCUUCCCUGAUGUGCACAUAUGUCCAUGGAUUUGUUUAACAUUACAAGAGGGAGAACCGCAUGUACAAUUGAGGUUGACCACACCUCAGGGCUGCAGGUGGGUUUGGUUGUGAGACUUGUAUCUGACCACACAGGGGCGCUACAGCACCACUCACAGCUGUGCUGCUAUGGCCACCUAUAACAUUUUUAUUGUGACCUUGAGGUCAAUAUUACAAUAAACCAGUAAACCAAAUAUUCCCUUCUAAAUGGCCUGCAGAUAUUCAUGUAUCAAAAUAAGAGUAUGUUCAUACUACACUAGCGUUGAGCUUUUCCAUUGCUACAUUUUUCUCUUUUAAUCUGUUCCUUGGAAUUGACCAGCCUUACAAAUUGAACCUUAGAUGACAUGGUUCAACUUAGUCAAUCUCGACAUACAGCUCUCUCUCGCUCUGAAUCACACCCUUAGAUUGCGCAAUAUUAAGACAUUUCACAUGGUUCAUAAAGUGCCCCACAAGCAUAUUUGACACUUAACCUGAAGCAGAGCAUGAUAAAAAUAAACUCACACCCUUCCGUUUCCCACAUUCAGCAUGUUAACAUACUGUUGUUCUACGCUAUACAAUGUCAUUAAAGCAAAUUCAAAUGAGAAAAAAAAACAUUUACUUGCCUAGGAUACAGAAUAGCUUAUGAUUUCUGAAGCCUGUUUUCUUGUUAUAAUAAAAUCU